AUGGCAGAAAAUCCAGAUGUCCCCAACGAUAAAAAGGCCUUUGUGCCUCUAGAAAACAACCCGGAAGUGAUGUCACAUCUCGUCCAUCAACUCGGUCUCCCAGCAUCCUUCGGAUUCAGCGAUGUCUACUCCAUCGACGAACCCGAUCUCCUCGCCUUCGUCCCUCGCCCCGCCCACGCUCUACUCCUCGUCUUCCCCGUCUCCAAAGCAUACGAAGCCUCGCGCAUCGCUGAAGACACGCCCUUACCGGAGUACGACGGAACAGGACCCGAUGAGCCUGUAAUCUGGUUCAAACAAACCAUCCGCAACGCAUGCGGCCUCAUCGGCUUAUUACAUGCCGUUAGCAAUGGCGAGGUUCGGAAAAGUGUCCUGCCCGGUUCAGAUCUGGAAAAUCUGCUGCAAGAAGCUGAACCUUUGAAACCGCUCCAACGAGCAGAUUUGUUGUAUGAAAGUAAAGCUCUGGAGGCUGCGCAUGCCGAUGCCGCGAAACUAGGCGAUACCACUGCACCAGAUGCCGAAGAUCAAGUCGAUUUGCAUUUUGUCGCCUUCGUGAAGGGCAAGGAUGGGAACUUGUGGGAAUUGGAUGGACGUCGAAAGGGACCUUUACAGAGAGGAAAGUUGGGGCCCGAGGAGGAUGUUCUUAGUGAGACUGCAUUGGAAUUGGGACCAAGACAAUUUCUGAAGAAAGAGACGGAAGGUGGCCAUGGGGAUUUGAGGUUCAGUUUGGUCAGUCUGGGGCCGGUCUUUGAUUGA